AUGAGCCUGGAAGAGGGUACUCUUAUAGAAAUGAUCGAAAAAUUUCCCCACCUUUGGGAUAAAAAAAACCCAUCCUAUAAGGAUAAAAUAGCAAUCGAGAAUUCCUGGAAAACAAUUUCCGAAAUAAUGUCAUUGACUGUUGAAGAAUGCCAAGAUAUGUGGAAGUCAAUCAGACUCAAAUUCAUUAGAGAAAGAAGACUCAUAAAAAAUCGGCCAUCUGGCUCAGGGGCUUACAGCUGCACUUGGACACUAUAUGAAAAAUUGGGAUUUUCACAUGAUGUAGUUACCACAAGAAAAACAAAGGGGAACAUCAAAAAACAUAGUGAAACCCUUUCAACUCCAUCAGAUGUAUGGGAG